AGCUAAGCCCCCACUAAAUAAGUUCCUUUCUUCUACUGACCCAUUACCUCUAAAUUUCAUAUAUAGUGGCAGUAUCCUCUCUCUUAACACCAUUCCAUCCGUAACUUUCUUUGUGCUUGUGGUGGGUGAGAGAAGUAGUCGGUAGAGAUGAAGGUGGCUGAGAUCUCCAGCCUCGCCGUCCAGGUGGUCCGGGGGCGGUGGUUCACCGUCUUCGCAUCGUUCCUCAUCAUGGCAGCCUCCGGUGGCAUCUACAUCUUCGGCAUCUACUCCAACGACAUCAAGACCACCCUGGGCUACGACCAGCAGACCCUUAACACCCUGGCCUUCUUCAAAGACCUGGGCGCCAGCGCCGGCAUCAUCUCCGGCCUCAUUUAUGAGGUCACCCCUCCAUGGGUGGUCCUCGCCCUCAGCGCCGGCAUGAACCUCUUCAGCUACCUCAUGAUCUACCUCGCCAUCACGGGCCGCAUCGCCCGCCCCCACGUUUGGCAGAUGUGCCUCUACUUAUGCCUCGGCGGCAACUCGCAGUCCUUCACCAACACCGGCGCCGUCGUCACCUCCGUCAAGAACUUCCCGGAGAGCCGCGGCAUCAUCAUCGGCCUCCUCAAGGGCUAUGUCGGCCUCAGCGGUGCCAUCGUCACCCAGCUCUACCUCGCCUUCUAUGGCGACGACUCCAAGACCCUCGUCCUUCUCAUCGCAUGGCUCCCCGCCGCCAUCCCCCUCGUCUUCAUCUCCACCAUUCGGAUCUUCAAGUCGCCGCGCCGGCCGGGCGACUCCACCAAGCCGUUCUACUGCUUCCUCUACGUCUCCCUCGCCCUCGCCACCUUCCUCAUGGUCAUGAUCGUGGUCCAAAAGAGGUUCACUUUCUCCCACUCCGAGUACAGCGUCAGCGCCGCCAUCGUCCUCCUCCUCCUCUUUCUCCCCCUCGCCGUAGCCACCAAAGAAGAGUUCAAGAUCUUCAGGAAAAGGAAGCAAUCCCCCCAGGACGCCCCACCUCUGUCCGUAGCCAUCGAGACGCCGACGGUCCCCCAACCACCACCGCCCGAGCUGAAACCAACCCCAACCACCGCAGCACCUACCGAAAAGGGCUCACCGCUCUCUUACGUCACCCACAUCUUCAAGGCCCCUGACAGGGGGAUGGACUACUCCAUCCUCCAAGCCAUUGUGAGCAUCGACAUGCUGAUCCUCUUCUUCUCCACCAUUUCCGGCGUCGGCGGCACCCUGACGGCGAUCGACAACAUGGGCCAGAUCGGCGAGUCGUUGGGCUACCCUUCUCGGAACAUCAACACCUUCGUCUCCCUCAUCAGCAUAUGGAACUAUGCUGGCCGGGUGGCGGCCGGGUUCGCCUCCGAUAUCCUCCUCACCAAGUACAAAGUGCCUCGCCCUUUGAUGCUCGCGGCGGUCCUCCUCCUCGCCGGCGCCGGCCACCUCCUCAUCGCCUUCGGAAUCCCGGGCUCCCUCUACCUUGCGUCGGUGAUCAUCGGCUUCAGCUUGGGAGCACAGUUGCCGCUGCUCUUCGCAAUCAUAUCAGAAGUGUUCGGUCUCAAGUACUACUCGACGCUGUUCAACUUCGUACCUCUCGCCACGCCGAUCGGGACGUAUGUACUGAACGUGAAGGUUGCCGGGAAAUUGUAUGACAGAGAGGCGGCGAAGCAGAAUGCGAACCUCUCUGGUUCCGCCGGGAAGGCGUUAACGUGCACCGGAGUGCAGUGCUUUAAGCUUUCCUUCCUCAUUGUCGCGGCGGUGACGGUACUCGGAGCUCUUGUCAUGCUGGUUUUGGUGUGGAGAACUUGGGAUUUCUACAAAGAUGAUAUGUUUGAGAAGUAUACAGAGUGGGCACAGGGUAACAGCCAAGAAGAAGAGAAAAAGAAGGAGAUGACUCCUGCGCCUGGGGAGAAGGCAAAUGGGAACAUGAAGUGAAACAAAGAAAGGGAAAGAAGAGGGGAAAAGGUUAGGCAACAUAAGCCUAGGCUGUCAUGACCGUGUUUUGAUAGGACGAGGCUAAUUUGGAGCACUUGCCAAUGUUAGUAGAGUGACAGAUGGGACUCCUUCUCUGUUAUCUGGCAGGCGGCGUAGAAGUGCAGUCCUCAUCCAUGUAUCUAUGUCCAGAUCUUGUCUAGAAAUUGUGGCAGCAAUUAUAUACAAUCUAAACAGUUUGAAACGAAGCCAUGGCUUAUAUUGGUGCUCCUGAUCUAAUCGACAACAAUAGCUGAAUUGCUUUCUAUAGCCCAUUCGCAAGCUUGCUUUUGAAUAUUACACAUCAAGUUGUGAGCAUAUGCAAACUGUUGGAUAUGCGAUUCUAGAGAUCAUCAUUGAUACCAUAUGACAAAACUCCAUAAUUUGGUUA